AUCUAACUGAUGGGAAAUCGUUGUAUACAACAUUAAUAACUUGGAGGAGAGGUAAUUAAUAUAAAUGAUCCAAUAAAUCCUAAAAAUGAAGAACCAUAACAACUUGCGGCAGUUGUAGAAAUAAAACCUCCAUCAUAUAUUGUUGAUCCAGAAUUGCAAAGGUAGAAUGAAGAAAGAAGUGCAAUAGCAAUACAAGGAGGAUUUAAAAAUAAAAUGGCAAGAUAAGAAGCUAAUAAAUAAAGAAAAAUGCUUGAAGAAGAUAAACCAAUUGAUUGGACUGUUUUUGAAGGAUAAUUUCAAAUUCCUAAUUUGCCAGAUGUAGCUUAUAAUAAAAUUAAUAAACAAAUCAGUAAUGAUUAUCGAAUGUUACCUGCUUAUAUCAAGGAUGGAGAUAUAUAUUUAGGAUAAUGGUAAAAAAGAUAAUUUUAAGGAUAUGGUCAACUGUUAAAAUCAGAUGGAACUUAUUUAGAAGGACAAUGGAAAAAUGGUUAAUUGGAUGAUGGAGCUAUUUACUUUCCAAAUAAAGACUUAUAUGUAUUAAAAAUCAAUACUUCUUUAGUUGGGAUAAUAAUAGAUUGGAGUAAGAAUAUAUAAUAAUGGUGUCUAAUAUUCUGGAGAUUGCUCAAAUAGAUUACCACAUGGCUAAGGAAUUGAGGAGCAUCCAGAUGGUACUAAAUAUUAAGGAUAAUUUAUAAAUGGACAAAAACAUGGCAAAGGUUUAAUGUUAUUUGCAGAUGGAUCAGAAUAUAAUGGAGAAUAUAAACAUGGAUAAAUGGAAGGUAAUGGAGUAUUCAAAUGGCCAAAUGGAUUUAAAUAUGAUGGUUAAUGGUAAAGGAGUAUGAUGAAUGGCCGUGGUAGACUAUAUUUCUAUGAUGGAACAAUAUACGAAGGUAGUUUUGUUCUUUUUAUCUAAGGGGGUUUUCAUGAUGAUAUUAUUUAAGGCUAAGGAAUUAUGACUUAUACUGACGGUUCUAAAUUUGAAGGACAUUUUUAAAAUAAUAAGAGAGUUGGAAAAGGAUUUGUUACUACAUGUGAUAGAGUUGUUACAGAAUGUGAUUGGGAAAAUGGAGAAUUAAUGAUUAAUCCUAUAAAGUCAUAGGGUUGA